AUGUGCUCGUCAUGCCGCAGCGACAAGAAGCCUGACUGUGAGAGCAGCCCACCUGCACCUCAGCCCUGCACUGAGUCUGGAAGUGGGGUGAUCAAAUCCUGCUCCACUAUUAGAAUCUACAAGUUGGACACAAGUGAGCUGUACCAGUUUAUUCGAAGCUGCUCAAGUUCAGAAAAUCCCGGAUGUUUUAACAGCAAGCCAGGAUAUAAAACUUGCGCACAGAUUUGCUACACGGACGGAUGUAAUUCUGCUUGGACGUUACACAAACAUCCCUGGUUAUUUGUUCCCAUGUUCGUAUCUGUAGCCACACUAGUUUACAGCACUUUGUGUUAA